CGCACGAUAAAAGGGGUUAGAACCCGCGGCAGGUUAUACUACCAAAGUUGUUUCUUUGUUAAUUAUACCACUGGAGUCCGGGAACCUCACAGCCAUGUUUGCCGUCCCCGCCCCCACACGCUUAUAUUAAUCCGCCUCUGUUUAACGUGUUUCCGAAUCAUCUAGUAAUUUGACGAUCACCCUCAAUGUUGCAUUAUCCUGCACCCAUCACCCAUGCCUCGCGCAACGGCACGCUCCACGCUCACACGGCGCGUUCUGAUCGCUCCACAUCGCCAUCUACUGGCAGCACGACAAGUUCAUCAUGUGGUUCUGGUCCUCCUUGGCUAAUGUCGCCGGGUCAAAGUACGGAAGACAUUUUUCGGACAAUCUUUAAUGUCAGAAAAAGCUGGAAAACUCUGAAGGGCAACACCGAGCCUGUAUGGCCACCUUAUCUCGAAGUUACAAUGCUGAAAGGUCUUCAUGAAUAUAAACCCACUGACUCACGGGAAACGCAAAUUUUAGGGCGAUUCCCUAUGCGUAAUCGCUUCAUCUCGGAGUAUAUUUACCACAAGACGGGAAAAUAUAGAUCAUCAAAACAAAUUGGCAGUCGACUACAGCAGAUUAGGGACACAUCCGAGGGGCGGGAAUUGAUCGAUUCCCUCUCCCGAGAAUUUGGCUCGUCACGGAGGUUUUCCCCUCAUAAUUAUGUUUUUGAGGGUGAAUCCAUGCCUCCGCUUGACUAUUUAUCUCUCGACUCUUCGAGAAGUGAUGCCUCAUCCGCCUCCUCAUCCGCCGGCUCCAUAUCCUCUGCAGAGUACACUGCCAUGCCAUCCUCUAAAAAAAACAACCCUCCUGACAACCGUACUCCAGUGUACAUUGACAUUUUGCCAGAGGCUAGCUCAUUCUCGAGCUCAUCCUCCUCACGUUCACGUGUACCAUCCUCUUCUUCAUACAAGCCCCCUCAGGGUGCAGCUGCAUCCCAACCCUCCUCGAACACACCACGUCGCAUGAGGGACAUUGAUCCCACCGUAACCUUCGUCUCGCCCUCUGCUGUCACUGGCAAGUCGUCCUACAUAAUGUUAUUGGAUGGCGCACCCAUACACAGCGAGGACACGAAGCUCGAAUGCGUUGGACCGUAUUUCACCGGCUCUUCCGGUGACGGUCCGUUGCUAUACAGCACAGCUCUAGUUCCCAAGUACUGGGAAACCUUGUGCAAAUCACCAGACCCCACUGUAUAUACCAUCAUUCAGGACGUGUACCGUGCUCCGGACCCAGCAACUCCCACAAGGCACUCGGGUCGUCCACGCCCUGUUCUCAUAUUCUCUGCUAUAUACCACUUCCGAUACUCGCCAUCUCCGUGCGCCCCCCCACCUUCCAUCACACCACGUUUUGCAUACCAAUCUAAUCCAGCAUCUCUCACAAACAACACUCAUGCUUAUCCAGACUCAAUCAACCCCACCCGCACACUCCCAUAUCAAAACUACGCUAUGUCUCCGAGCUUCUCGGAUCCGGGGAUGUUUCAGUCGCACGAAUACAGCACACAAAACCGGCUGGUCGAGCCAUUCAUGUUGGACGUUAGCAUGGAACACUUUUCCCUCGAUGACUACAUUGUCAACGCUCAUGACUCGCCCGAGGCGACAUCAAAUGAAAUGAUGGCUCAGUCGUCAUCGUCAAGCUUCCCGAAGGACAUCCGCAAUUAUAUCAUGUAAAAUAUUAUACAUAUAAUCCUAAUAUUGGCACGAUAGGCCCAGAUGCUUCCAGACUGGGGUUUGUUUCAUUUCUGUAGGUCCCUUGGCAUUCACUUGACGGAGAACGGGUGUGAUGUCGCGUUUUGUUGGCUUCUGCGGGCAAUUCAUGCCGCGUUUAUAUAUUGUCAUGCUGGUCAUCUGAUAUGAAGUAGUUCGUGAUUAUGACAGAUACGUAUAAUUGCGCCAACCGGCAGAUUUUCGCUCCUCAUCCUGUUCUGAUUAAUGUUGCGUUCUGUCGGGUAUAUUGCACAUUGCAACCCCAUUUAAUCAAUGCAUGGAAAAACUUA